UGACAUCAUCGUUUUCACGGAAGAGCUCAUCCCUACGCCCUAAUCCAGUCUUCAACGGGUUUACCCUCCGGAGUGAGCGCUUUGACGGGAUGAAGGAGUAAUCUCUCUCAGACAGCGGAUAUUUCAGCACACCUGUACAAGUCUCACUGAGAGAUGUUUGUUUCUGUUUCGUUUUGAUUCGAGCUUGAAGUGUCGGUGCUGAACGAACAUCAGUGAGUUUGACGUGUUUUCAUAUACAGGUAAGAUGUCAGACUUUGAGAAGAGGAAGAGAUCUUCAUCUCCAGAUCGCAGCUGUGUGUCUCUGAAGAGCAAUCAAUCUAUGGAUUAUCCUGUUAAAUUCAGUGAUGGACCAGUGACCUCUGACCCCAGUAUCUUCAGGAAGAGAUCUUCAUCUCCAGAUCCCAGCUGUGUGUCUCUGAAGAGCAAUCAAUCCAUGGGUCCUCCUGUUAAAUUCAGUGAUGGACCAGUGACCUCUGACCCCAGAGAUGAUCAGACUGGAGACCAGGAUUCUCCUCAAGCAGUAGAUGAUGAACUCCAGAGAGUCAAAGACCAGCUCAAGACCAGCAUGAAGAACAAGUAUGAGAGAUUAUUUGAGGGACUGAACCUCCAGGAGAAUGAAACCCUCCUAAACAGGAUCUACACACAGCUCUACAUCAUAGAGGGAGAGAGUGAAGGAGUGAAUGAACAACAUGAGGUUUUCCAGAUGGAGAUUACAGCCAGAACACAACACUCAGAAGACACUCCAAUCGACUGCAAUGACAUCUUUAAAGCCUCACCUGAACCAGGAUGUGAGGAGAAACACCAGAUCAAGACUGUUCUUACUAAAGGCAUCGCUGGAAUCGGAAAAACCGUCUCUGUGCAGAAGUUCAUUCUGGACUGGGCCGAGGGAAAAGCCAAUCAGGCUGUAGAUUUCAUGUUUGUGCUUCCGUUUCGAGAGCUGAACUUGAUCCGAGAUCAUCAGUACAGUCUUCACAGACUUCUGCUGGACUUUCAUCCUGAACUUCAAGAUCUGGACUCAAAGAUUUAUGAGGAGUGUAAAGUUGUGUUCAUCUUUGAUGGUCUGGAUGAAAGCAGAAUGAGAUUGAGGUUUUCAGAUGCUCAGAAAGUUUCUGAUGUGACUGAGACUUCAUCAGUGGGUGGGUUGAUGUCAAACCUCAUGACAGGAGAGCUGCUUCCCUCAGCUCUCAUCUGGAUCACCUCCAGACCAGCAGCAGCCAAUCAGAUCCCCUCCAAAUACAUCAACCGUCUGACAGAAAUUCAGGGAUUCAAUGAGCCUCAGAAGGAGGAAUAUUUCAGGAAGAGAAUCAGUGACGAGCAUCAAGCCAGCAGAAUCAUCUUACACAUCAGAAGAGCAAGAAGCCUCCACAUCAUGUGCCACAUACCCGUCUUCUGCUGGAUCUCAUCCACUGUGCUUCAGAAGCUCCUGGAAGAAGAUCUGAGUGCAGAAAUCCCUCAAACUCUGACUGAAAUGUACAUCCACUUCCUGCUGAUUCAGAUCAACAUGAGGAACCAGAAGUAUGAAAAGAGAAAACGAAAAAAACUCCUAAAGUCCAACAGAGAAGUGAUUGUGAAACUUGCUGAAGUGGCUUUCAAUCAGCUGAUGAAGGGCAAUGUGAUGUUCUAUGAGGAGGACCUGAGAGAGAGCGGCAUAGACGUCACUGACGCCUCGGUGUAUUCUGGGAUUUGCACUGAGAUCUUUAAGGAGGAAUCUGUGAUUCAUCAGAGGAAAGUCUACAGCUUCAUUCAUCUGAGCUUUCAGGAGUUUCUAGCUGCUUUCUAUCUGUUUUAUUCACAUGUGAUCAAGAACAAGAAACCACUGGAUGAAUUCGGAUUUUACAGAUCUGAUGAAGACUCUCUGUAUGCUCUACAAACAUCAGCAGUAGAUAAAGACUCUCUGUAUGAUCUACUAACAUCAGCAGUAGAUAAAGCAGUUGAGAGUCAGAAUGGACAGCUGGAUCUGUUCCUGCGGUUCCUGCUGGGCGUCUCACUGGAGUCCAAUCAGAUACUCUUACAGAAUCUACUGACACACACAGAGAACAGCUCAGAGAGCAUCAGGAGAACCACACAGUACAUUAAAGAGACGAUCAAAGAUGGAUAUCAUCUCUCUACUGAAAGAUCCAUCAAUCUGUUCCUCUGUCUGCUGGAAGUCAAAGAUCAGACUCUGUCCAGACAGAUUCAGGAGUUUGUGAAAUCAGACAAACACUCAGAGGAGUUUCUCUCUCCGUCUCACUGCUCAGCAAUCGCCUACAUGAUUCAGAUGUCAGAGGAGCCGCUGGAUGAGCUGAACCUCAUGAAAUACAACACAUCAGCUGAGGGGAGAAGAAGACUGAUACCAGCUGUGAUCAACUGCAGAAAAGCUCAGUGAGUGUUUAAUCAUUAACUAAAGUAUCAUAUUUAAUAAUGAAUCUGACACCUUUAAAAUAAAUGUUCCUAAAUGAGAGAUUUUCUCCUCAAUAACAGGAUCUUAAAGGGUCACGCCACGCCUCUUUAAUAUAGUAGAUAGUCACUAAAAUGCCUGUUAUCACCGCGGGUAAACACAACCCAGUCACGUGUGAAACUCGUUGGUGAAAUCACCACUAGGUGGCGCAAAGGGACGGUCGACACCAUUGAUCAGUAAAGCUGGAAUUGAAACAUUUUCAUUUGUGAAUGAAGAUAAAAUGACAUAAAUUACUGCUAAUAUUAAUAGCAAUAAUCAUAUAUCAUUAUGACAUUUAAUCUUCAGUAAUUAUUCAUCAUAAAUGCUUAAUGUUCAGCUAUUUGACGACUGUUACAGUGAACUAUUACAGUGACGCCUGUGCUUGAAGUGUCUUACUUUUUACUGUACAGCACUAGCCAGUGUUUGACAUUAUUAUAUAUUUAAAGAGGUGUGAUUAUGCCAUAAAAUAAAUGAAACGAUAGAGAAGGUGGAUUACUGUGAAUGGGAAUAUUAUGAGUGAUAAAGGUCUAGUUUUCUAACACAUAUUUACUCUGUCAGCAUUGUGACUACAUUAAUGUCAAAAUAAAAGAUUUAACUUACAUUUCAACAGGUCACACACGUACAUGAAUUAGUCAGAU